CAAAGGCAGCGUGAUAACAAGGAGCGAGUUCAGGUGAUUCGUUCUCAUUCGCUGUUGUUCUCGGCCGCCGGAAAACCAUCUGCACAACAGAAUUGGAGUGACCUGACUAAUGGCAUCACUAUUCUACGCCGGUCUCUCAGCAAACUUGAAGCACAUGCAUACGAAGUGCUGUCGACACGAUUCGAGCGCGUAAAUGUGAACUGUGGCCAGACAAAGCGGUCACACAGCUAUACUUCGGUGGAUUCGAACGGCAACACCAGUCCUGUGGAGAAGAUGUUUGAAGACGUGCUGUCGAUGAACGACGAGUCUGAAGAUGAGUUCGACGAAUGGUCAACGGUGAUUCGCACGAUAUCCGCCACGUUACCACCGCCGCAGCUGUUCAAGAGAGGCGAUAAAUUCGUCGCCAAGGUACUCAGUGCCGUGUCUCCGCUCGAAUUCUAUGUCAUCAAGGUUGCCCACAUUAGUGUUCUUCGAGAAAUUGAGCGGAUUCUGUCGUUCUGUGACGAGAAGCUCUGUCGUCAUCCACUUUUGGAUUCGCAGUGUCGUACUGAUCACGCUUGUUUGGUUCGCUUCGAGGAUAGUCUCGCCAGAGCGACAAUCGGGCACGGAGGUGCUCAUGAAGUG